UGUUGUGUGAAAGAGUGCUGAACAGGUUAGGAGUCAUGUGGAUGAUACAACCAUGCUCUCUGUUUAGAUGAAGCAAAUGGUCCUUGGGAUGUAUUUGGUCAAAUACGUGGCGAGACAAAUGUAACGUUUAGGGACUUUUAAUGUCGUCUUUAUACUGCACGUUUCCUCCAGCAGCUGAAGCAGCAUUGGAGCCGGAACACGCGAUGACACGGCACCCAUUACAUGACGUAGGCGUAGUGGAAUGAAUGAGCCGACGGAGGACACCGAGCACGAGAGACUGUCAGAGCAAUGAGCGCGACACGAUGAAGCCAUGAUGAAGCCGGGUUUUAAGAAAAUUAUUAUCAUCCGACACUGAUGAAUAUUACGAUAUCUAAAAAGACAUACUGAUUGAUUUAUCUUCCUGGAAGCACAAUGGCACGAGGAGAGGGCGCCGAGCACUACGCGGCGAGUUUACUGCCAGUCAAACCCAUAAAUACAGAGAUAAAGACGGCAAAGCCAAAGGACCAGAGAACUCGUCUGACUGUGUGGAAUAAACUGUGCUAUGCCAUCGGCGGGGCUCCCUACCAGAUCACAGGCAGCGCUUUGGGCUUCUUCCUCCAGAUCUACCUGCUGGAUGUGGCUCAGCUGGAUCCCUUCCAUGCCUCUAUCAUCCUCUUUGUGGGCCGGGCCUGGGACGCUGUCACAGACCCCACAGUGGGUUUCCUGGUGAGCCGGAGUAGAUGGACCGGCAUCGGCCGCAUGAUGCCCUGGAUCCUUUGCUCUACACCGUUCGCGGUGCUGACGUACUUCCUGAUAUGGUACGUGCCUCCUUUUGAGCAAGGGAAGGUGCUCUGGUACCUGGUCUUUUACUGCCUCUUCCAGUCAAUGCAGACGUGCUUUCACGUGCCGUAUUCGGCCCUCACCAUGUUCAUCAGCAACGACCAGAAGGAGAGGGACUCUGCCACCGCUUAUCGUAUGAUGGUGGAGGUGCUGGGCACAGUUCUGGGCACAGCAAUCCAGGGACAGAUAGUAGGUGGAGCCUCAAAUUGUCCCACUGAGCCUGAUGACCUGAACAGCGGAAACUCAACCAACGCCUCCAUAGUUUCACUGGAGGAGACGAAACAAGCUUAUUUGAUUUCUUCAGGGGUCAUCUGCAUCAUCUAUGUCCUCUGUGCAGUCGUCUUGUUUUUGGGUGUGAAGGAGAAAAAAGAAAACGGGCGGAAGAAAACCCUGCUUACCUUCCGGCAGGGCCUGUGGCUGGUGAUGAGCUACGGGCCGUACAUAAAACUAGUCAUCGGCUUCCUCUUCACCUCUCUGGCCUUCAUGCUGCUGGAGGGAAACUUUGCCCUUUUCAUCACCUACGCUCUCGGCCAUAGAAAAGACUUCCAGAAUAUUCUCCUGGUCAUCAUGCUUUCUGGGACUCUAACCAUCCCGUGGUGGCAGUGGUUUCUGACCCGGUUUGGGAAGAAGAAAGCGGUUUACUUCGGCAUUACGUGGGCAGUACCUUUCAUGAUCCUAAUCAUCUGCAUCAAGAGCAACCUGGUCAUUUCAUACUUGGUCUCAGUGGCGGCGGGUGUGAGCGUGGCGGCAGCUUUCCUCCUGCCUUGGUCAAUGCUUCCCGACGUAGUGGACGACUUCAAGGUUAAAAACCCAGACAUCCACGGCUACGAAGCCCUCUUCUACUCCUUCUACGUAUUCUUCAUCAAGUUUGCCUCUGGAGUUUCCCUGGGUGUCUCUACACUCAGUUUGAAAUUUGCCGGCUAUGUGACUGGGAGCUGCUCCCAACCAGAGGCGGUCAGUUUAACCCUGAAGGUGCUGGUCUCUCCUGUGCCUGUGGCCCUUAUAGCUGUGGGGCUGUUGAUAUUGAGGACAUACCCUAUUGAUGAAGAAAGGAGGCAGUGCAACCGAAAAAUUCUGCAGGAAAUGCUGGACUCUGAGUCUGAAACUCCAGCGCUUGGGAGCGACGUGUAGCCGCGGAAGACGAGCCGACCACUACAGCCACUUUAACAGGUUUGCACAAACUGUCCAGGGACAUGACCACCAACCAUCUGGACUAACACAGGAGAGACCACAGACUACUGCUGGCCAAACAUAAUCAGCAUUAACCAGCUCCCACCGGCGGAUCGCACAGGUCUACGUCGCCCUCUAGUGGCAUCUUAUGUGUGGGACUGUUUUCUGUGGCCUUUAUCUCCAGCUGUGUCCCAAUCUCUAAUUCACCUGCUAAAAGAAAAGCACACACAAUUCACAAAUCAUUACAGUGUAUUAUUUUUGUCAGGUAGUGUAGAACCAAAUUCCAGGGUUAGUGACUGUUCUUGUUGCUUUCACUUCCAAAUAUAUCCUUUUUCCUUUUUGAGGUUUUUCUUCACCAUUUAGGUGAAACACAGCACUUAUCAUUUAAUAGGAAGAUCAAACAUGUUUUGUUCACACAUCACUUAUAAGCUCAUGGAGCUGUAGUCAUUUUAUCUGGGUGGACUUUUACUUAAAGAUAAUAAAUCAAAACAGUUUUUCCAAAGAUUUGUGACUUUUAUUGUUUACUGAGCUGUUCCUGUAGCUGCGAUGUUAUUUACUUCGGCAAAUUGUGAGCAGCUCCACCAUUUCUUUUGUGCAUUGCAUUGUGGGUAUGUUUACAUCCCAAUGUGAAUGCACUUCAUAUUGAAGUUCGUUGUAUUUGGGACACAGCUUGUGAUUUGUGGUGUUUUUUUUAUUAAGUAUUUAUUUGUUGGUUUACAAAAAGACCUUCACUCGACUGGAGUGUGAUACUUUGGUGUUUACUAUGUCUGAGGUCACUUGUGUUCAGACAGUGCUCUGAAGGAAAUAUACAGCAUCCGCCCUUAUUUAUAAAGGGCAUACCAGCACUAUUCCACUAAUUGGAGUUGUAUGGCGCUGUUCUAAAAACAAAAAGUGUACUUGAAUCUUCUGAAGGGGAAAAGGCACCUUAUGGUAUAAUGUACUGUGUCUGAAUCACUGCCUUAUACACAUCUUGAAUAUGUUCUGCUGAACUUGUUUUUCAGAUUAUUUUUCUUUUAAGCAACUCUCGAGCCAAUCUGUCAGGUUUAACAGACUUUUCUGAAUGUGCGUUCACUGCAAAGUCAAUUCCAGUAAGAUGUCCUUUCAUCUAGCAUCUUCUCAUGUCCCAAAUGGAAGGAAAUGCUUUAUUUAACUAUUUAUUUAAACAAACUAUCUUGAGGGAUUAUCAUUUUGCGCGUAUAAAAGCACAUGUGUAUAAUGUAUUAACAGUGAAUGGUUGUUGAUGGAUAUGUGAGUGAUUUUCAAGUCCUGUGGAAAAUUGAGAAAAUCAGAAUUUAAAUUUUGUUAGAAGACAAGAAAAAAAAGCACACAUUGCUAUAAUGUGAUAAACAAGCUGCCUCUGCUGGUGUUGUGACUCUUAAAAAAAGCUGCCUCAACACAAUUUAUUUAUAUUAUAAAGUUAACAGAGGACAUGUGUCACAUUAGAUGGCUUGAUUUAACCUCACAUCGUUAUUGGUUAAGUUAUUAAGAUUUCAAAGAAAUGUCUUUCAAACAGGAUAUAUUCCUGCAUAGUUUUCAUUUAAAAUGGCUCUGUAUAAAGCACAUUACAUCUCCCUAUGGUGUUUAUAUGCUGCUAUAUGUAUAAUAUGUAAAUACUUUUUUCCAAGUUGGGUCAGCAAAGAGAUGCAUUCAUGUGCUGUAAAUUUGUAAUUUUAAGUCUGUGAAUAAAAUUUGCCAAAACAA